AUGUCCUCUCAACAUAUACAAAUGAGUGCAUGGGCAACAACGGAUACUGAUCUGACAAAUCGUCAUGAUUUGUCGAAAAGCAAAAAUGGAAACAAAACCGUUUCGAAUGAUUCUGGCAUGGCCGAUGGUAAUCAACAUCAUUCAAAUGAUCAGAACAACAAACGACGGACACUAUCAGAAUAUUGUUCAUCAUUAUUACCAUUGUUUUAUGGUCUAUUAUUAGGUGCUCUUAUCGCUGGUUUAGGACUGGCUAUUGUAACCACAUUUUGGCUAACAUCAUCUAAUGAGAACGCAUCGACAAGAGAAGGAUGGUCGAUUACUGGUGCAACAAAUUAUGCUAGAUAUGUACACACAGCAUCUGUACUAACAAAUGGAAAAGUAUUAGUUGCUGGUGGAUCUGGUAGUAGCGUUUAUUUAAAUAGUGCUGAAUUAUAUGAUCCAUCAACAGGAGUCUGGACAACCACUGGUAGUAUGAAUUAUACUCGAUAUGCACAUACAGCAGCUGUACUAACAAAUGGAAAAGUGUUAGUUGCUGGUGGACAAGGGAUUAGCGGCUAUUUAAAUAGUGCUGAAUUAUACGAUCCAUCAGCAGGAGUCUGGACAACCACUGGUAGUAUGAAUUAUGCUCGAUAUUUUCACAUAUCAUCUGUAUUAACAAAUGGAAAAGUGUUAGUUGCUGGUGGAUUUUUUGCUCGCGGUUUCUUAAAUAGUGCUGAAUUAUAUGAUCCAUCAACAGGAGUCUGGACAACCACUGGUAGUAUGAAUUAUACUCGAUAUGCACAUACAGCAUCUGUAUUAACAAAUGGAAAAGUCUUAGUUGUUGGUGGACAAGGGAGUAGCGGUUAUUUAAAUGGUACUGAAUUAUAUGAUCCAUCAGUAGGAAUAUGGACAACCACUGGUAGUAUGAAUUAUGCUCGAUGUUUACAUACAGCAUCUGUGCUAACAAAUGGAAAAGUGUUAGUUGCUGGUGGACAAGGGAUUAGCAGUUAUUUAAAUAGUACUGAAUUAUAUGAUCCAUCAACAGGAAUAUGGACAACCACUGGUACUAUGAAUUAUGCUCGAUAUUUUCCCACAGCAUCUGUAUUAACAAAUGGAAAAGUAUUAGUUGCUGGUGGGUUUAAUGGUAGCGUGUUUUUAAAUGGUACAGAAUUAUAUGAUCCAUCAACAGGAGUUUGGACAGUCACUAGUAAUAUGAACUAUACCCGAUAUGCACAUACAGCAUCUAUAUUAACAAAUGGAAAAGUGUUGGUUGUCGAUGGAUACGGUAGUAGCGGUUAUUUAAAUAGCUCGGAACUCUACGAACCGUAA